CUCUUCGUGAAAUAACGUGUUUUGUUUUUGUAUUAAAGUUUAUUUUAAGAAACGUGUUUUUAUAGUGAUGGCAAUUAAUUGGUUAGAAGAUAAGCCAGUAAUUGUUAGGAUCAUAAAAUUCGCCAAAAUCACGUUGUCGGCAACGUCGCCAAAUAAUUUAUAUAGCAAUUUUCUCGUUGCUAAAGCGUUCCCUAGUUGCCAAAGCGUCGCGAAGUGAGUUUCUGUAAUACAUUUUAGUUUUAUUAUUGGCGACAGUCGCUGGCGACUUGGCCAUUACGUCUCGGAUCAGCAACUAUUGUACAAUGUUCCAUACAACACUACUCGUUUGUAUGGUGGGUAUGGUAUCGGCCAUUCUACCGUCGGAUAGAAUCGUAGUUUAUACGAAAUCUGGACCUAUUAGAGGAAAGGUAGUAUCGGAUACGAAUGUGCAUUAUUAUUCGUAUCAAGGAAUACCUUAUGCUGAAAGCCCUACAGGAGAUCUUCGUUUUAAGCCACCAGUACCAAAAUCACCAUGGAAUAAAAUACGGAAUGCAACAAAAGAAGGGUCGAUUUGUCCUCAAUCCGAUGCGAAACCAGAAGAAAUGAGCGAAGACUGCCUAUUCAUCAAUAUCUACGUACCUUACAUAAGACUUGGGAAACUAUCUGUACUUGUUUAUGUGCACGGCGGAGAGUUUUUGUCAAAUUCUGGAAAUUCAGACAAUCAAUACGGACCGCAGUUGCUUCUAAAACAUGGUAUCAUUUUAGUCACACUUAAUUAUCGAAUUGGUGCACUAGGAUUUCUGUCUCUCGGUGUAGAAGAUGCUUCGGGGAAUGCAGGUAUCAAAGACGUUCUACUGGCUUUGAGAUGGAUUAAUGAUAACAUUGACAGAUUUGGAGGCGACACAAGUAGGAUAACACUUGGAGGAAAUAGUGCUGGAGCUGUACUAGUACAUUAUCUGUUACUAUCUGCAAAAUCAUCUGGUUUGUUCAAGCAAGCGAUCCUUAUAAGUGGAAGUGCUCUAGGCUACAGAUUCUUAGCACGACAUGCUAAAGAAAAUGCACUAGCACUAGGUAAAUACUUAGAUUUACAAACUGAAAAUAGACAAGAUUUGCUACAAAAACUUAAAGAGAUUGAUGCUUUGGAAAUAGUAAAAGCACAAAAAGAUAUGGGCAAAAAUGAUACGCGAAAAGGAUUAAGGACGUUUGCCCCUUUCGUGCCGUGUGUGGAAAUUGAACAUAAAAAUGCAGUUAUUACUAAGUAUCCUAAAGACAUAAUUGCAUCUGGUAUUCCACAAAAUGUGCCCAUUUUAGCAGGUUUCAAUUCAGAUGAAGGCCUAAAAAUGUACCCAGCUGUCAAAAAAGAUCCUACAUUAAUAGAUUACUUGAAUGAAAAUGUAGAACUCUUAAUUCCAUCUGACAUAGAAUAUCCAUAUGGAUCUAAUGAAUCUACAAACGUAGCAACACGAAUUCGUGAAUUUUACUUCAAUGGUACAACCAUAAGUAAAGAUGUUACUCAAGGAUAUGUUGAUUUUAUAACAGAUGGUAUGUUUUCGUUUGCUAUAAAUUCUUGGGUUAAACUCCACAAACAGAGGAAAGAUAGUAAGAAUGUGUAUUAUUAUGCAUUUGAUUUUGAAGGCAGUCUAAACUACAAUAAAAUAAAUAAUAAUAUUGAUCGCCCUGGGACGUCGCAUGCCGAUGAACUUGGAUAUUUGUUUGUAACAAAAGUAACUAGACCAUAUUUAAACAAUAUUGAUAAAAAAAGUGAACGAAUGGUCAAUAUUUGGACUUCAACUGUUGCAAAUUUUGUAAAAUUCGGGGACCCUACGCAAAUACUUUACAACUUAGGAGGCAUUGACUGGUUGGAAAGUAGCAGUAAUCUUAAUCAUUUUCGAUUAGCUGACCUUGAAAAUCGCAAUGAAGCGCCAAGGGCUAGAUUUCUGCAAUUCUGGAGUGAGAUAUACAAUGAAUAUGACGAAUAUGUGAGAAAUGGUGGACAACUAAUGCAGAAAAUUGUACCUUGAAAAUAUUUUUUUUUUAGUUGCGAAAAUAUGAAUAAAAUAUUAAAUGAUCGCUACUUA